CGCCGCCCCCGGCCGGCCCGGACCGCGUCGUUAAAGCUGUCCCUUUUCCCCCAACACAUCGCUUGACGUCCGAAGAAGUGUUUGACGUAAACGGAGUACCUAGGGUUGACAUUUUGAAAAAUCAUUUAGUAAAAGAAGGUCGGGUAGAUGAAGAAAUUGCACUUAGAAUUAUCAAUGAAGGUGCUGCCAUCCUGCGAAGAGAGAAAACAAUGAUAGAAGUAGAAGCUCCAAUUACAGUUUGUGGUGACAUUCACGGUCAGUUCUUUGAUCUGAUGAAGCUAUUUGAAGUGGGAGGAUCACCUGCAAACACAAGAUACCUCUUCCUUGGUGACUAUGUGGACAGAGGUUAUUUUAGUAUAGAGUGUGUCCUGUAUUUGUGGGUCUUGAAGAUUCUCUAUCCAAGUACAUUAUUUCUUCUGAGAGGAAAUCAUGAAUGCAGGCACCUCACAGAGUAUUUCACCUUUAAACAAGAAUGUAAAAUUAAGUAUUCAGAAAGAGUCUAUGAAGCGUGUAUGGAAGCUUUUGAUAGCCUGCCUCUUGCUGCACUUUUAAAUCAACAGUUUCUUUGUGUUCAUGGUGGGCUUUCACCUGAAAUACACACUCUGGAUGAUAUUAGAAGAUUAGAUAGAUUCAAAGAGCCCCCUGCGUUUGGACCAAUGUGUGACUUGUUGUGGUCUGACCCCUCAGAAGACUUUGGAAAUGAAAAAUCACAGGAACACUUUAGUCACAAUACAGUUCGAGGAUGCUCUUAUUUUUAUAGCUAUCCAGCAGUUUGUGAAUUUUUGCAAAACAAUAAUUUGUUAUCAAUUAUUAGAGCUCAUGAAGCUCAAGAUGCAGGCUAUAGAAUGUACAGAAAAAGUCAAACUACAGGGUUCCCUUCAUUAAUAACAAUUUUUUCGGCACCUAAUUACUUAGAUGUCUACAAUAAUAAAGCUGCUGUAUUAAAGUAUGAAAAUAAUGUGAUGAAUAUUCGACAGUUCAACUGCUCUCCACAUCCUUAUUGGUUACCAAAUUUUAUGGAUGUCUUCACAUGGUCUCUACCAUUUGUUGGAGAAAAAGUUACAGAGAUGUUGGUAAAUGUUCUGAGCAUUUGUUCUGAUGAUGAACUGAUGACUGAAGGUGAAGACCAAUUUGACGUAGGUACAGCGGCAGCGCGAAAAGAAAUAAUCCGUAACAAAAUCCGUGCAAUUGGCAAGAUGGCAAGAGUCUUUUCUGUCCUCAGGGAGGAGAGUGAAAGCGUGCUGACACUCAAGGGUUUGACUCCCACAGGAAUGUUGCCAAGUGGAGUGUUGGCUGGAGGACGGCAGACCCUGCAAAGUGCCACAGUUGAGGCAAUUGAGGCUGAAAAAGCAAUACGAGGAUUCUCUCCACAACACAGAAUCUGCAGUUUCGAAGAGGCGAAAGGCCUGGAUAGGAUCAACGAGAGAAUGCCACCCCGCAAAGAUGCCGUGCAGCAGGAUGGUUUUAAUUCCCUGAACACCGCCACACACGCGACCGAAAACCACGGGACAGGCAACGGCGGUGCUCAGUGACCCCGCGGCGUCCACGGGACGCGCGUCUCAGGCCCGGGAGCGGACAGGACACCCGCGAAGCCGGAGGGCCCCAUCAUGCCAACCGUUUAAUAAAUGUGCCACAGAAAAUGUCACCGGACCCUCUGGAGUAACCAUUGUGCUUUUGAGACCCAGCCCGUUCCCCGGGUGGAGACCUGGACACCCCCGGACACACUCUGCAGGCUGACGAGGCGGCGUCACUGGUGGCUGAGCCAAAGAGAGAUGUGGGAGUGCCAGGAUUUCCAAGCUGAUUCCCCAGGAGCAUGCCUAGGCUGAUGUUUUACGGUUCACACAUUUGAGUUUACAAAUGAGAAUCCCCCCAUCACCACCACCACCGCCGCCACCGCCACCCCUAGCCAUUGAAAUAACCCCAAGAGCCAGCUAUUUGCCCAUGGACUUUGGUUUCACGAAAUCUCCUUAAAGGACAGAUUAGAAAGGUCUUAAAAACAACGUUUCUGAGGUUACAAAGUUGCCGUUUACGUAUCGGGGAAAAUGCCAGAUAUCCAGUUGGCAGUUGUGCAAAAUGCUGACCUCAGGUACUAGUCUUUCGAUGUUUCCUAAUUCUGUAUUAUAAUCUCUCUCUGUUUUUUAGUUAUGGGGUAGUGGAAGAUUUCUUAAAGAACUGUUUGUUACUUGAACAAAGAGCAAAAGAGCUAUUUAAUUUCAAACCGUUUUGGCCCAGAUUUUUGGAGAUAGCCCUGAAAUUUAAAAAGAAGACAUCUAAUCUAAAAAAAAAAAAAAAAAAAAAUCACCGAACUGCUCAUUUAAGGAACUUCAAGAGAAGCUUGUACAUUUUAUUAAAGUAAAUUUUGAUUCAGAUCAUGUCUGUAAAAGUUGAUGUAUUUUGUGUAUGCAUGUUUUCAUUUUUGCAAAUGUUUAAUAUAUAGACCUACGAUGUACAGGUACGAUACGUAAUAGGUUACCUAGAUGUUACGGGAACUUUUAGUUUAUUGUGGGUAUUAAAGUUGCUUAAAUAGCUAAGUGCCACUGAAUGACUAGCUGCUGGCUUUAUCAUUUUUAUUCUGUAAAAGGAAAUGGAAAAUGAUCUGGAACAUUUUUUUUUUUAGGCAGAUGCAGCGUAGAAGCAUUAGUGAAAGCCUAAAGUCAAGACUGCAUGUUGAACUUUUUUUAAUAGUUGCAGGACUGCUUGGUUAAAAUACAUGGAACCAUGUGCUCAUUUUUCACAACUAUUGACCUGUAUUGAUUGCUGCUGUAGUUUGGUAUCUACCUUUGCAUCUGUUCCCCACUUCUCUUGGCCCCCUGGAAUCCAGCUCACCGCUCCAGGCAGUGGAAUCCAUCUCCCUGUUGUUUGCCAUAAAGUACGCCCUGUGCAUUCUCCUCUCUGAGGUGGAAAUUUUAUGCAUGUUCUGGACUUUUGAAAUAUUUUAUAAAUAGUAGCACACAAUAAAUUUUGUGCAUGGGCCGCUGC